CACUCUCUUAUGUGGAAACGAAACUGAUCAGAGUCUUUUUGUCGUCUGUCUGUGUGAGAGUGAACAACCGUCCAAAUGGCUCAGCAGGGAGUUCUGCUGGACCAGGACCAGUUCUGUUGUUCUGUCUGUCUGGAUCUACUGAAGGAACCAGUGGCUAUUCCCUGUGGACACAGUUACUGUAGAAUCUGUAUUGAGGGCUGCUGGGAUCAGGAUGUUCUGAAAGGGGUCUAUAGCUGUCCUCAGUGCAGAGAGACCUUCACUCCAAGGCCUAAUCUGAGGAAAAAUAACAUGUUGGCUGAGCUGGUGGAGAAACUGAGGAAGACAGGACUCCAGGCUGCUCCCCCUCCUGCUCUGUGCUAUGCUGGACCUGGAGAUGUGGCGUGUGAUUUCUGCACUGGGACCAGAAAGCAGAAAGCCCUCAUGUCCUGUCUGGCAUGUCUGGCCUCUUACUGUGAGACUCACCUCCAACCUCACUAUGAAUCUCCUGCUUUCAAGAAGCACAAGCUGGUCAAAGCCACCGCACAACUACAGGAGAAGAUCUGUUCUCAUCAUGACAAACUGCUGGAGGUUUACUGUCGUACCGAUCAGCAGUGUAUCUGUCUGCUGUGUACAAUGGAUGAACAUAAAGGCCAUGAUACAGUGUCAGCUGCAGCAGAGAGGACUGAGAAACAGAGGCAGCUGGGGAUGAGUCAGCAGAAGGUCCAGCAGAGAUUCCAGGAGAGAGAGAAGGAGCUGAAGGAGCUCCAACAGGAUGUGGAGUCUCUCAAGCGCUCUGCACAGUCAGCAGUGGAGGACAGUGAUCAGAUCUUUACUGAGCUGAUCCGCUCCAUUGAGAGAAGGAGCUCUGAGGUGAAGGAGCUGAUCAGAGCCCAAGAGAAGGCUCAAGUGAGUCAAGACUGAAGGACUCCUGGAGCAACUGAAGCAGGAGAUAGCAGAGCUGAGGAAGAGAAGCACUGAGCUGGAGCAGCUCUCACAC